GCUAGUUAUUGAUUCUGGCUAUCCUCCACUUACUGGUACAGCCACAGUCAAAAUUACAAUUGGAGAUGUCAAUGAUAAUUUGAUGAAACCAGGAAAAAAGACUGUACUGGUUUACAAGCAUCAGAAACAGAUAUUGGAAGGAUACACAUAGAAGAUCCUGACGAUUGGGACCUACCUGAUAAGAAAUUCUACUGGGCAAAAUAUCAGCAUCACCAAAGAUUUAAAGUUGAUGAAGAUACAGGGAUGGUGACCAUGAGAUCAAAUACACCAGAGGGAAAAUACACUCUGAUGUUCAGAGUGUCAGAUCGAAGGCAUUCACAGCAUAAUGUCUCAGCGAUUAUGAUUGUUACAGUAAAGAAUUUGCCACAUAGUUCUGUCAGAAACUCAGGAUCAAUGCAAAUUUCUGGAGUAUCUGCUGAAGACUUCAUUAGAGAGUGGCAGUACAUGGGUACACAGAUGAGUAAGGCUCAACAUCUUACAAAUGUAUUGGCAGAAAUACUCAGCACUGAUGAAAGAAAUGUGGAAAUAUUUAGCAUUAGGCAACAAGGAAAACAGCCACCUCUGCUAGAUAUUUUCUUUUCUGUCAAUGAUCCAAAGCUUCACAGGCGUGAAACAAUAACUGGACUCCUACAAGUGCACAAAGAAGAGAUUACAAGAAAAAUUGGUCUUAAUAUAGUCCUCAUUGGUAUAAACCACUGUCUAGUUCAUGAGACAAAAUGUGAGGGUCCAUGUACAAACAGCUACAGGCCAAGCAAAUAUUCUCUCUUGGUUGAUGCAAAUACAACAUCAUUUGUUGGUGUUUCUGUGAUCGUUACACCUGAGUGUCAGGACAUCACAAAUGAAUCAGCACACAAAAGCUGUCAUGACCAUCACUGUUACAAUGGUGGCUGCUGUGUGCAGAAAGGAUCUAGUGUCAGCUGUAUCUGCCCAGUGGGUUAUGAUGGUCCUCGAUGUCAAGGAACAGUCAGAAGUUUCCAAGGAGAUGGAUGGGCUUGGUUUCCCUCACUCACUCCACAAUCUGAAAACCAUGUUAGUCUCGAGUUUUUAACAAAGGAAGAACAUGGCCUGAUAUUCUACAAUGGUCCAGUGUCAGUUAUAGCCCCACUUGAAGAUUCUGUGUCAGAUUUUGUUGCAUUUGAGAUAUACAAUGGUAAACCCAGAUUAUUAUUGAAAACAACACAAGGAACUGUGGAACUAAGUGUACAUGUGGAGAGAAAUCUAAAUGAUGGAAAAUGGCAUCACAUUGACAUAUUUUGGAAUUCUGUGAAUGUUCGUCUUGUAGUGGAUUUUUGCAAGUCUGCUGAUGUGGUAGAAAUGAAAGAAGCAGCAGUGGUAUUCUUCAAUGGGACAAGCUGUCAAGCAGAGAGAAGCCUGCCAUAUCUGAACACUCAACUCAAUUUAAACAGCCCUCUCCAGAUUGGUGGAAUUUACUGGACACAAAUUCCUACAAAGGCAACAGAGUGGCGUGUCUUUCCAAAGUCAUUAAACUUCGAUGGCUGCAUAAGAAAUUUCUUUCACAAUAGCCAGAUUGUGGACUUGGCUGAUCCUCUGCUGUCUGUGGGUACAACUACGGGCUGCUCUCACACAAAGGCAGCAUGCAGCCAGCUCAACUGUACAGCACAUGGCACAUGUCUAGCAGACCUGACAGGAGCAGCACCACAGUGCUGGUGUGAUGUGGGAUGGAGUGGCCCCAGUUGCUCUGUCCCUACGAAACCCAUCACAUUCCUGCCUCACAGUUACAUUAAGUUUGCACUAUCAUUUGAACUCAGUCAUUUCACCACAGUCAUGCAGAUGAGAUUCAAAACAGAAGAGGUUGAAGGAGAGCUUUUCCGCCUUGCUGACCAGGUCUCACAGGAAUAUGCCAUUCUUGAGAUAAGAAAUGGAAGCUUAUGUUUCCGUUACAACCUCAACAGCAUACAUACUGAAGAACAGUCUGUCUGCUUAAGUUAUGUUAACAUCAGCGAUGGCAACUGGCAUACUGUAAAGAUUUCACGUUAUGGCUCACUAUCUAUCCUCCAGUUAGAUGAUGGUGAAUUUACUAGAUAUAAUCAGACCACCUCAUUUGAAGGACAUCAGCUAUUAGUUGUUGAUAAACAGGAAGGCGUGCAUGCAGGUGGAAAAGCAGAGUACCUAGGCAUGAAUACAUUGGAAAUUUUUGCUGAUUAUAAGAAUGGCUGUAUGGAUGACAUUAGGUUGGAUGGAAGGGUGCUCCCACUGCCUCCAUCAGUGAAUGUCACACAGUGGGGACAAGCAACUGCAGCUCUGAAUGUGGAAUAUGGCUGUGGCUACUCUGACUGCAUUACUGGUUUUUGCCAAGAACCACUAAUAUACGCCAGUGAGAUACUGAACAAAUAUCAUUGCAUGUGUGGUAGUGAAAGUACUACUUUGAAACCAGGAGCUGACAUUUGUAAUAAUCCCGAAAGUGGAAAAUGUCUCUAUCAACACUCAAAACUUAGUUACAAGUGUGUUUGCCCUGAUGAUGCAGAAGGCGUAAGGCAUGGAUUUCUACAAGAGAGGCACACAUUUUCUCUUGGUAUAUGGAUUCUGAUUGUGUUGCUAUCAGCAGCCGUCUUGUUCUUUGUGCUUGGUGCAAUGUUCAUUGGAUACAAAUAUCAAUGCAGUACCCAUGAAACAACUGAAGUAAAGAAUGAUGUUCAAGAAAAUGUGAUAUUUCACGCUGAUGAAGGAGGAGGGAAAGACGACACAGUCUCCUGUAGCAUGAAAGAAUUGAAAAUAUAUGUUGACAAGAUUGGGCCUACAGAAUCAGUGGAAAUGCACAAAUUUUCAGAGAUUCAACAGAAUUCUGAAGAAAUAUUAAAAAAUAUAAUAGAAAAACACAAAAGAGAAACUGAUAUGAAAAUACUCUCUGACAAUUUGGACCACACAUGUUGCUAUGAUUUUGAAGGCAUUGCAGAAGCUUCUAGUUCUUUAUCCUCUUUGACCACAGAGUAUGAUGCCACAGAAGAGGAUUGCAAGGACAUCACAAAAAUUGCACAAGAUGUUACCAGAGUAUAAUACAUACACCUUGGCAGGACCAAUUAGUCUUGCACUCAAUGUGACACAUCUUACAGGGUUGAGUAAGAAGCCUGCAGUGGUAAUAGACCAACUUCUCAAAAGUGAGACUAAGGAUAGAAGUGUUCUAUCGUUCACAGACAAUUUCUUUGUAUACAUACUCUCUGCUUGCUGCAGUGUUGUGAUAUUAUGUGAAAAAAUCAAGACUUAACAUAUUUUUAUAAAUAACAAAUGUGAGCAUAUACAUAUACAUAUAUUUUUUAUCACUGACUUGUUGAUAUAACAUGUGUUUUCUGUUGAUGA